AUGCUUCCUUGUGCAGAGCAGACAUGCAGCGCGGUAUUUUACUCGGCGCUUCCCCGCUUGAUCUCAUCCGAAGGCUGUUUUGGCUCUACCACACAGUUUACAGGUUUCCCGCACUUCACCGGGCCGGGUUGGUGGCUUCGAGAAGGAAGGAGUAGACCGAGACGCACGGUUGUCUCCGGCCCGCUACCGGAAGUGUCGACCAAGGCCAAAGUUCAAGAGGAGCCAGAAGAGUCCAGGGAAGACCUAAUGAAGAUGUCUGUAUCCGAUUUGAAGAAGCUUCUGGUGAAGUUUGGAAGAACAGCUCGGGGGUGUAUUGAGAAGAAGGACUUCGUCGACCGAUUGAAGCCGCCGAGAUGA